AUGUACUCAGAGGGCAGCUUUAGCUCCCCCAACCACCCUGGAUCGUAUCCCCCGGACUCGCUGUGUGUCUGGGUGAUCCGGGCGCGCCCUCCAUCCCUGGUCCAGAUCCAUGUGUCCUCUCUGACCAUAGAAGGACCAUCCCCUUGCCUCUUUGACUGGCUGGAGGUUCAGGAGGAGACGGAGCAACCUUCUGUUGUCACCAGGUUCUGUGGCAACGUGGCACCCCCUACUGUGAACACCAACAGCAGCACUGUGUGGGUGACCUUCCGCUCUGACGGGAGCAUCGGAGGCAAUGGCUUCAUCGCCCAGUACCACGCCAUCACACUUGAACAGAGUGAGUACUGGGUCAGAGAGAGCUGCUCCAGGGAGGAGUUUAUGUGUGACCGCGGGCGCUGCAUCCUGCCUGUGUCAGUGUGUGACGGCCAGCCCAACUGUCAUGACCACUCUGAUGAGGCCAACUGCAGCCACAAGCACAAAGAGUGUGGGGGCCAAAAGACUGGACUCUACGGCUACCUGGCGAGUCCAAACCACCCAAAGCCUUACCCUCAACAACAGUUGUGCACAUGGCAGAUCUCUGUUGAGGAGGGUCAUGUGAUCAGGCUGAGUUUCCGUAACUUCAGUCUGGAGACUCAGGACGUGUGUGAGUUUGACUAUGUAGAGGUGCAUGACAGUGCAGAUACCGGGGCCGGCAGAGUACUCGGACGGUACUGUGGAACCAGCCUGCCUCCUGAGCUGACCUCCUCUGGGCCUCAGAUAACCAUGGUAUUUGUGGCUGACGAGGGUGUGGCAGACAGUGGCUUCUCCCUCUCCGAGAGAACAUGCAGUCCUACUCAGUUUACCUGCAGCAGUGGGGAGUGCCUGCACCAGGAGUGGCUGUGUGAUGGCUGGACUGACUGUGCAGACGGGACAGAUGAGCACGACUGUGACAACUCGACCUAUCCCACUUUCAGCUUGUCCUGUGAGCCCAUCGAGGUGGAGAUGUGUCAGGGCCUGAGCUACAACCACACCUCCUUCCCCAACAUUUGGCUGUCCAUCGCUGACCAGAGGCAGCCACGCUGCUCCGUGCUGAUGGAGCUGGCGUGUUUCCAGCCCCUGCGCAGGCUGGUGUGUGGGAUGUUCAUGCCCCACUGCAGCCCUCAGGGAGGGGUGCUGCAGCCCUGCCGGUCAGUGUGCUCCUGGGCAGCGCAGCAGUGUAGUCAGGCCCUGAACGUCUUCACCUUCAGCUGGCCCUUCAACUGCCACCUGCUGCCUGACUCCCAAGACCCUAUGGAGUGCUCCAGCCCUUGA